UUUCUUCGAUUAUUGGGUGAGAGCAAAGUCGACUGCGGUGGCAAUUGGAAAUUGUACAUUUUCCUGUCCAGAAACCAGAAACCAAAUCGCCAUAGUUAGUCAUGGCUGUCCUUACAAAGCAAGACCCUUCACCAGCCUUUGCAGAAACGGUAGAAGAAAUCAUGAGACUCUACAGAUCGUUGCCCGUAAGACCUCCCAUCGAAGAAGUUGAAGCCGCCAUAUCCGUUCUCACAAGUGUAGAGGUCGAAGAGCAGAGAAAACUGGAGGAAAUCUCGAAGCAAGAAGCUCCGAAAGAUGUUCCCGAGGAGCUGUUCUCUGUGCUGCAGCAGGCGAAGAAGACUAUGGUGUUGUUCCAGAGCCACGAACAGAGAAAAGAGGCCCUUCACUUGGUUGAAGUUGAUCGGAUGUUUGAGACCUUCGAUGGGUUGAUUCAAAGGGCUUCCGCGUUGGUUUCUGGGGGUACCCUGGAGGAGAAAGCAGCUGGUUUUGGUGACCCAGAUGGGAAAGUUAGGAAAGAAAUUGUGAGCUGUGAUGAGGAUUUAGUGAGGAGAAAGGAAGAUGGAGAAUUGGAGAAAGAUGGUAUUAAGGGUCUGGUUAAGAGUGCUUCUACAAAGGCUGUUUUCUUCUCAGGUGAAGACCAAACUGAAAAAUUGAACCUAUUGAAGGUGGCAGCCCUAAUUGCAAACUCUGCUAAAAGAGGGGCUGUAGUUCUUGAUCUUAGAGGCAAGUUGAUGGACCAGGUUGAGUGGCUUCCUGAAUCACUUGGGAAAUUGAAGGACGUUACUGAACUGGACCUAUCUGAAAACAGAAUCAUGGCUCUGCCAGGCUCCAUUGGUGAUCUCAAAGCAUUGACAAAGGUCAAUCUUCAUUCGAACCAACUUUUUAACCUUCCUGAUUCAUUCGGGGAACUUGUCAAUCUAAUGGAGCUUGACCUCCAUGCAAACUUGUUAAGGUCCUUGCCAGCUUCCUUCCGUAACCUGAAAAACCUCAUGAAUCUAGACUUGAGUUCAAAUCAGUUUACCCAGUUGCCAGAAACAAUUGGGAAUUUGACUUCUUUGAGAAUACUGAUUGCGGAAACCAAUGAUCUUGAAGAACUUCCUUACAGAAUUGGAAAUUGCUCAUCCCUGGUUGAGCUGAGAUUAGAUUUUAAUCAGCUGAAGGCUCUUCCUGAGGCAAUUGGGAAGCUGGGAUGCUUGGAGAUUCUCACUGCACACUAUAACAGACUAAAAGGGUUGCCAACAACAAUGGGUAACCUUUCCAACUUGAAGGAGCUAGAUGUGAGCUUCAAUGAGAUUGACUCCAUUCCUGAGAGUCUGUGUCUCGCUGUAAGUCUGAGGAAACUGAAUGCUGGUAAGAACUUUGCUGAUCUUAGAGCCUUGCCGCAAUCAAUUGGAAAUCUUGAGAUGCUUGAAGAGCUGGAUAUAUGUGACAAUCAGAUUAGAACUUUGCCAGACUCUUUCAGACUCUUGUCAAAAUUAAGAGUUUUCAAUGCUGAUGAGACUCCAUUACAAGUACCACCGAAGGAAGUAACUAAACUGGGUGCUCAGGCUGUGGUUCAGUUCAUGGCUAAUCUUGUUGCCAGUAGAAAUGCUAAAUCUCAACCAUCAAAGACAAAGAAGAAGGGUUUUUGGUUCCGCGUUUGCUCAAUGCUUUUGCCAUUCCUGAGAACUAAUAGCACCAGGAGGAAUGCAAACGCUGGAAUAUAACAAAGUUUUUCCCUUCGACCCCAUGCAUACAUAACUGGAAAUAUCUCUGUUUCUAUAAAUGAUUCCUGUAUAAGCCUGUAUCUGUAAUUUGCUUGUAAAUUGGUCCAUCAAUUUGCUGAACUUCCUGGAAUAUAGACCUCCGGUCCAAUUGAAAUGUUAUCUUAUUUUAAUGAAUGUU